AUGGGCCGGUUCAAGGGGCAUUUUUUGUUUCAGCUAGGGGGACUUCAGGUAGAGGAUUCAGUCAGGCGUCAUGGGGUUCACUCGCCUAAGCUUCUGGAUCUCCUUAGUGAUGUAGUGAGGGGUAGAUUCGAGACAGAAGACAAAAAUAGUGGCACAGAAAAACUUGCUUCUGAAGUUCGUCUGUUCAAUCCUUCAACGGCCAUCUUUGUUCUCAACAAAUGGGACCAGGUGUCAGAAAAAGAGAAGGAUGAUGUUUUCAAAGACACUCUUCGCAAGCUGCAAAACAUCUGUGAUGGUUUUACUGCAGAUCAGCUUUUCCCUAUGUCGGUGACAAAGGCACAAAGAGCACUAAAACAGGGCUGUGCGACACCCGAGUUCUCCAACUUCCUUGUUGGGCUGAAGAAACUUUUUCCUCAGACCCUAAAAUCAAGUCAGGAGACUAAAUACAGAUUAGUGGUUCACAUUCUGCGAAGAUCUGCGUUUCAUCUAAAGUCAGCUUUGAACAUCUUUGAAAGAUCUGAAGAAGAACGUAAGAAGAAAGCUGCUGAAAUCAUGCGACAGAUUAGAGGAAUAAAGAACAGUUUUGAAAAGAAACGUUCUAAAUUGCUAGGGCUUUUAAAGACAAAGGCUCAACAAGCUGCACGACAAAUCAAAGAAUACCUGAAUAAGAAUAAGGAGCGUGUCCUUAAAUGGAAAGAUGGUGAUUGUCCAAAGCCAACUGACCAUUGGGAUGAUCUUUACACACAAGCUAGAACCCUCAUCCUCGGGCGAAUCCGUGAACUUCUUGAAGAAUGGAACACAAACACUGAGUUCUUCACAAAAGCACAGAAGGAGCUUAUAGGAAUGUUCCACACAGAGUUCAACAUCAUGGAGAACCAAGUUGCUCUUUUGGAAGGUCAGUUUACCAGCAACAACAUGCUUGUAGUCGAGGAUGCAAAUCCCACAGGCUUAAGAGACGUGGAGGAUACUUCUACUUUCACCACCACUGAGAAAGUCAUCAUUGGCGUCACUUCUCCAAUUUGGAUUCCAAUAGGCCUCGUAGCUGUACUUUUCGCUGUCCCUGUUGCCCUUGGGGUGGCACUAAAAGAGCGCCUGAACGAGAAGAAACAAAUCAAAGAGUAUACAAAACACAAAGCGGCAGUCAUGGGAAAUAUUGCAGAAAAAGUACUCGAACAUUUUAUGUCGGAAGAAAACCUUUCGAAAGAGGUGAUACGGUACCUGAACUCUGCGGUUGCCACACUGAAUAACCUACUCAGUGCUAUUCCAAAACUCCUAGAUGAUGACCUUCAGCUCAUAAAAGGGUUGCUAAGUGAGAGUAAGAAAGCAGAAUCAGAGUUGCAACUGUAUCAGACAAAGCUCCAACAAAAUGAUGACUUAGAGGGAUGCCUUGGGUUGCUGUACGUGACAAAAAUCCGAGGAGACAUCAACGCAAACACAGAAAUAAAUUGGGACUUGCCUGCUAUUGCCUCUGGUGCAUUUGGCGAAGUUUAUGUCGUGACCCUUCUAUCAAGAAACAACAUGAAAGCAGCGGCUAAGGUGAUGAAGCAGUGUGCAACAGCAGAAAACGUGGGUGAGGCUAUACUGGAGGAGGAAAGUUUGAGGAGACUUAACAGAACCCCAAACAUCAUCAAGUUCAUAGGAACCAGCGCCAUCAUAAAGCCAGAUGGCAACAGGCGCCUUGUCAUUCUAAUGGAAUAUUGCCCCAAAACCCUUGCGAAUCGUAUGUUGAAUGCAGAUGCGACAAGUCCCAAAGGACAACGAGAGACCAUAAACCCUGGUUUGAAGCAGCCGUUAGAUCCUGGCCUCAUGCGUUCUGUCGCUUACUUUGGUAAGCAAAUAUGCACUGGAUUACGAGGCAUGCAUGCUCAAGGAUACAUUCACAGAGACUUGAAACUGGAAAACAUAUUGGUAACUGAUAGAGAUGAAGUUCGACUUGCUGAUGUGGGACUGACAAAACCGCAGUAUGACAUUACUGGUACACUAUGUGGAACACUGGUUUACAUGGCACCAGAAAUUCUAAAGAAGGAAAUGUACGGAGCACCUGCAGAUAUGUACACGGUUGGGAUCAUGCUUUGGGAAAUGUGGUAUGGGAAACGUGUCUACAAUCUGCCUUGCUUUGAGAACUUCGAUAUAUCAGAUUUUUUGAAGCUUGACUGGACGUCACUUAUUAUCCUUGAGGGUUUUACACCGCCGCCGUCCAUGUGGUGCGAGAAGUUAGAAAAGCUACUUUCCCCCACACCAUCUGAAAGACCAACAGCAAGCCAAAUAGAGAGAUUCCUUGCAGAAGAAACCCAAAUGGGAUUCCGUCAUAAGUAAUUUCCAAAGUAUUGUGACCGAAAUAGUAUAUUAUUUACUAUUUUUCUCCUGGAUUUAGUUGGUUUUUGCCUCCGUUUUAAUGUGAACAAGUAGUCACUGCUUUGUCGUUAUUGUAUCGCUACAGGAAAAUACACAUUGGUUUAGGGAUCUGAAGGAUGAAAGGACGGAGGCUAUUGUUUUGGUAGGGGAAGAGGAAGGUGAAUGUAUCGUCGACAUGAAGAUAUUAGGUGUAGUGGGCGCGCGCAUACACAUGCACACAGGCAACAGUGAUAGUUUAGAUUGAUAUACUGCAAUAUAGAGGUUCAUUCUUUUCAUGCUAGAAUUUAAAAUAAGAAGUUAUUUAUUUAAAAGCGCGUUUACUUAAAAUUCAUUGAAAAAGCUACAGUAUAUCAAUCUGUGUAUGAUAGUUUCUACUCUUUCGUGCGUGAUACAAUGUCCUUCUUAGAAUUUAUUUUAUUACUUAUAUUAUGUAAUAGAUGGCAGGAGUGAUAGAUGCUCUGUCUAACACACCAAACAUAAUAACAUCCCAUACACUGUUUUUUGUUUGAAUCUGAUACAUUGAGCUAUGUAAAUUGUAAGGUGUUUUUGAAACUUUCUUAAAAUCAUUUUCCAUCUUCUUAAAGGUUCCUAGAAGCCUCUAUGUUUUAGAAAUAUGGGGGUGACAAAGGUAUUGCACCAUUUUUCUUUAAGGGGAACAGCAGCUGGAUUUGUUAGUUUUUUCAAUUGUUAUUUUUUGAAAACUGAUUGUUUCAAGUGAGUAUCGUUAUUUUAGGUUUACAGAACAGUGCAUUGCCCUUACAUAACACAUGAUAUUAUGUCAGAAUUAACAUUUUGUAGGAUAGCAACAUGAUCUCAAUAUGACCACCAUCCUUUAGACAUAGACUGAUAAAUUUUAAUUAAUUUUCUGGGGGCUAUGUUAGCCCAGGCUCUGAAGACACUUUGGAUCAGCUAGAGCAUUUCUGGAAGAGGGGAGAUCCUUUGCCACUUGAUUUCCAAUAUCUUGCCACAGGUUUUCAAUAGGGUUUGCAUCUGAUGAUUGGGCAGGCCAGUCCACCCUGUUGAUACCACUCUUGCACUGCCCUGGCCCUGUGUGGUGUAGCGUUAUCAUCUUGAAAUAUGUAAGGGGGUUCCUGUCCAAUAAGAUUUUUCAGACCUACAUGUAUGAACCUUCAGACUAUCGAGACGCCCCUGUCCGGGCAAUGGUUCUUGUAGCCCAUGUCACUCCUCUGCAUCUGUUUACCAAGUGAUGGGUGGGUUCCUCCUGACAAUUCUGCUGUGAAUACCUAAAGCAUGGAGCGUUGUGCUAACCUCAACCUGCAAACUGUGCAACCACUGCAGCAUUAAUUCCCUGCAUGGCUUAAACCUCCUAAGCCUUGACAGCAUAAAAAGGCGCCUGUCGUCUCUGGCAUUAGUCAUCCUUGGGCUGCGACUUUGAUGUAAUUUAUGGGCAUCAGUGUCCUCCAUGCUUCUGUAAACCCUAUACACAGGCUGAUGAGAUACACCAUAUCUUGCAGCUAACUGAGUAACAUUGAUAACCUCCUCCCUCAGAGAAACAGUUUCAUAUUCCACAUUUGUGAUCUCCCGUACCUUCACCAUGAUGGCAACCUGACAGUUAGCAGAACCAUUUUACCUUCGGAGGCACCUUUCAUAGUACACAUGGAUGAAAACUUAUCACUGGUAAAGCAAGCAUUAAACCGAAAAGAAAACUUGUUAAACUAACAGGUCCCUCAUGUCACACAGAGCACUAUUCACACAGGGAGUGCAAUACUUAUGUCACCCUCAGUACAUUCUUAUCACCAGGUGCAUUCGGCAUUUUUUGAGCAGGUGAUGAUUAAAUGUUGAAUCAUAUGUCGAGUUUUAAAUGAAUAGAAAUUCAUAACCAGCAGGACGUUCACUGUGGCACUAUGAUUUUUUUUCAAAAAUAAUGUGUCAUGUUUCAUAAGAAAUUUGCUUAAUUUGAUUUUUUUUUUAAUUUUAAUUUUUCUUUUACUAUUCAACUAACCUAGAUGUCUUUUUUUUCUGUUCCUUUGAAUACUUUUUUGGUUAAUCAAUGCAUAUAUAACAUGUUAUCUUUGAUGCCUAGUAUUGCCAGCUUUUGAAUAUGUAUGUGGUUAUGUGAAAAAUGUGUCAAGUUGCCAUGAUCAUCGACAAAAGUAGUGGAGUAGCAGUCGUUUAAUUUAUGACUUAAAUAUGAAUAGCUGGCUGUUUGGGCACUUUCUGAUUUUAGCACCAUUGGUAAAGUGUUGUUUUUUACGUUUUUAAUUUUGUUUAUCCUGAAAUAAUCAC